UACACUCUGGGUGCUUGCUCCUCCUGCUGUCCUCCGCGCACCCCUGCUCUGGCUCUUGGAGCUUCGCAGUCUCGCUGUGGCUCUGCAGCGAGAGCUGCGCGCUCGCUAAGUCCAGUACAGCUGCGGGAGCCAAGACAGCGUCUACCUCGGUGACACCAUGAAUGGCACGGGCAGCCACGGGGCCGAGGACACCAGCCAGGAAGGCAGCGGCGGCUGGCAACCCGAGGCUAUCCUCGUACCUCUGCUUUUCACGCUCAUCUUUCUCGUGGGCACCGUGGGCAACGCGCUGGUACUGGCGGUUCUGCUGCGCGGCGGCCAGGCGGUCAGCACCACAAACCUGUUCAUCCUCAACCUGGGCGUGGCCGACCUGUGCUUCAUCCUGUGCUGCGUGCCUUUCCAGGCCACCAUCUACACCCUGGACGACUGGGUGUUUGGCUCGCUGCUCUGCAAGGCUGUUCAUUUCCUCAUCUUCCUCACCAUGCACGCCAGCAGCUUCACGCUGGCCGCCGUCUCCCUGGACAGGUAUCUGGCCAUCCGCUACCCGCUGCACUCCCGCGAGCUGCGCACACCUCGAAACGCGCUGGCGGCCAUCGGGCUUAUCUGGGUGCUAGCACUGCUCUUCUCUGGACCUUACCUGAGCUAUUAUCGUCAGUCGCAGCUCGCCAACUUGACCGUGUGCCAUCCAGCAUGGAGCGCUCCUCGACGCCGCGCUAUGGACCUCUGCACCUUCGUCUUCAGCUACCUGUUGCCAGUGCUGGUUCUCAGCCUGACCUACGCGCGCACCCUGCGCUACCUCUGGCGCACUGUCAACCCAGUGGCUGCGGGCUCGGGUUCCCAGCGCGCCAAGCGCAAGGUGACACGGAUGAUUGUCAUCGUGGCCAUGCUCUUCUGCCUCUGUUGGAUGCCCCACCACGCGCUUAUCCUGUGCAUGUGGUUUGGUCGCUUCCCGCUCACGCGCGCCACUUACGCGCUGCGCAUCCUUUCACACCUAGUUUCUUAUGCCAACUCCUGUGUCAACCCCAUCGUUUAUGCGCUAGUCUCCAAGCAUUUCCGCAAAGGUUUCCGCAAGAUCUGCGCAGGCCUGCUAUACCGCACCCCGAGGCGAGCUUCAGGCCGAGUGUGCGUCCUGGCGCCCGGCAACCAUAGUGCCAGUGUGAUGGACCACGAGUCCACAGACCUGACACAUGUGAGCGAGGCAGCGGGAGCCCCUUGUGCCAGCACACGCACUCCCUAAGUGUACAGCCUCGAGGAGAGCCCGCGGUCCAGUAUGAUAAAGGAUCAAAGGG